AUCGGACAGAUAUAUAGUUCCAUAUGACCAGAACACAACACGAUCUUACACAGCUACUGGUUCACCUCAAAGGAUCCUGCAACAAAUGCUAAGGCUAGUUAGCAUGGCCACAGACGAUGACAGAAAAAAGAUUGUCCUUUAACGGUAUGGGACGUAUUAACUCCAAAACUCUUCCUCCACUUCUUGAAAAACCAUGGCUGCAGAUAGAUUGGGAAGACAGAGAGACUGACCUGCAGUUCAUAAACGACUACAAACCUAAAGGUGGCCACCGGCAGUUCAGGAUUCUUCUGCAUGGACCAGUCGGAGCCGGAAAAUCCAGUUUCAUCAACUCCGUCUUCAGCGUCUUGGAGGGUAAAAUCUGUCACAAGGCGACUGCGUGCAACAUCAUUCAGACCAGCUUCACCAAAAAGUACAUGACCUACAAGCUUAAAAAAGGAGACCAGAAAAACGUGUAUCCUUUUGUACUGAACGACAUGACAGGUUUGAGCAACAUCAGCUGGAAACACAGAAGAGUCUAUGAGAAGGACAUGAAAAUGGCCAUGAAGGGACACAUCAGGGAUGAGUAUAAAUUCCACCCUCAGAGCGCGUUGUCCGAAACCGAUCCGUUCUUCAACCGGAAUCCAACUGUCAACGACAAAGCUCACAUCCUGGUUACUGUCUUUGAUGCCAACACAAUAAAUCAGCUGGACGAAAGUGUAGCUGAGACAAUUCAGGAGAUCAGAGACGAAGCCACUGAGCUGGGGAUUCCUCAUGUGGCCAUUCUGUCCAAAAUUGAUGAGGCCUGUCCUGAGAUCAGAGAAGAUAUAAAAAAUGUCUGCCAGAGUCGGGCGCUACAGAAAAAGAUUCAGCUCCUCAGCAAACUGGUGGGAAUCCCAGAGAACUGCAUCUUCCCUGUGAAGAACUACAACUCAGAGAAGAAGCUGAACCAUGAAAUUGACGCUCUGAUCCUCAACACCCUGAGACACCUCAUCGAGAUCGGAGAGGAAUACCUUAGCAGUUAAAAAGGACCUAAAUAUAACCAGUUGUGUUAAAGCAUUCCAGCCAUCAUAACUUCUGUGUAUUAUCGACCUGAUCCAAAGCACGACCGCACCCGAAUUGUGUUUGGAAAACUUUCCACUACAGGGUUUACCCCAGAGUAUUUUCCCCCCAGUUAGGCUAAGCAUUGCUUGCUUUUAUACAAAAAACUGCAUCAUUUAUUUUUUUUAUAAGCUGGAUUGCAAACGUUAUGCUGCGGUGAGCAGAAUCGUUGGUUUAUGGUUGGUGAAUUGAACAGGGCAGGAAGUCGGUAGCAGUGCACCAAUCACACCCCUGGCCGCCUCGCGUGCUGUUGCGGCUGCGUCUCUGAAGUUUACCUCGGUGCAGAUCUGCGCGCCUUCUGUCACUCAAACUGUUCAUCUUUGAGGAUGAACAGUUUGUGAGGACUGAUGUUUCUUUGGAGAAUUCUUCAUCAAGAUAUGAGUCGAGUUUAAAAGCCACCGCUGUCAGACGUGCGCGCUGAGCGAGCAGUGAGGAUCAUAUAUCUGUGUGAACAAAGAAUUAUGUGCAGCGUGUGUAUUUACAUCUCAACAUGCUGCCCAGCGCGUUUGCUCUGCGUCUGCGCUGAUAAAGUUUAGUUGGUUCAGCCCAGGCGUCUCACUCCCCUCGUAGUCAUGCAGCACGCUGGAUUUCUCUAUUUUAUUUGUUUUGCUCUUUUUGCAGUGGCAUGAUGCUUCAAACUGCACCAUAUCAAACGCUGUAGAGCAGUUUGGCCACGCCUACUUUCGAUUCCACUGGAAUCUGAAAAUAACAUGCAGGGGACAAUGUUGGGUGAAGUCUGAGGAGUUUUUAAAAUGUUAUAGCCUCCAAAAAGCUGUGAUUACAAUAAGUCUUCACAGCGCUUCGCUGCUCGGGUCUAAUGAAGUAGAAAUAGUUUUACAUAUAAUACUCCCUACAGAACAUCUCAAUUUUCAAAAUACACAAAAAGAAUCAGUUGAAUAAACAGAUUGAAAGACAAAAGCAAAAGUUUUUAAGAUUCACAGGCAUCAGCCUGCAAGGAUAGCCGAUGGAUGGAGGUUUCAUUUUGAAUGUUUGUUUAUUUCUGGUUAACAGCACAAAACCUACAGCAUUAAAAAGGAGAACAGGGUGACAUGUAUCCUUUGGUAAUAAACGACAUGAUGGGUCUGAGCAACAUCAAUCUGAGAGACAGACGAGAUCAUGAUAAAGACAUAGAAAAGGUCAUGAAAGGAUGGA